AUGGGUCUACGAGAUAUCCUCAAGAAGAAGGACGACCUCUCCGCGGGCCAGCCCCCGGAGAAGGAGACGGUCGACCGUCUCGCCGCGCCCGAGUUUGCCAUCUUCCGGUCCGAUACGACGACGCAGGAGCGAAUCUACCCACCCUCGGUCAAGUCCAACGACAACUUGCACCUCUCUGCAGAGGAGCCGGCUUCCGGCAGCAAGCCCCGGCGCUCCCUCGACGUCUUCCGAUCCGGCCGGUCCCGCUCCGCCUCCGAGUCGAGCCAGAACUCCAAGAGGGAGAGCGGCCAUAGGCGCCUGUCGCAACGUCUGCACCUGAGCCGCGCCGCGCCGCAGUCUUCCGAGAGCGUCCCCGACAACUUGCCCGAAAUCAUUGCCCCGAACGAUCCCCAGGACAAGGACGGCGCCGAGUCGCAGUGGGAGAAGCGGGCGACCAUCCUGGCGAGCCAGAACGACCGAGCGAGGAGCACCAGCCGGCCUGCGACGCCAGUCUCGGGCGACCAGGCCCGCGCCGUCUCGACACAGGAGAUUGACAAAGACAUCCAGGAGGCUAUCCGACUGCACGAGGAGGGCGACCUGGAACACUCGACGCGCAUCUUUGGGCGUCUGGCUGAUCCCCAGGGUGCCAACAACCCGCUGAGUCAGGUCCUUUACGGUCUUGCUUUGAGGCACGGAUGGGGCUGCGCACCGAACCCCGAGGGCGCCGUCAAGUACCUGUCGGCUGCGGCGUCCAACUCGGCCUCGAUCGAGCAGCUGGCUCUGCAGGCGGGCAUGAAGAAGGGCGGAGCGGCCAAGGGCGAGCUGGUGCUGGCCAUCUUUGAGCUGGCAAACUGCUUCCGCCACGGCUGGGGAAUCCACAAGGACCCGUACGCCGCCAAGCAGUAUUAUGAGACUGCGGCGAACCUGGGAGACACUGGUGAGUCUGACGAGAGCGAGCUUAAGCUGAACAAGCAUAACACGAAUGUGACAGAUGCCAUGAACGAGAUUGCCUGGUGUUACCUCGAGGGUUUCGGGUGUAAGAAGGACAAGUUCGCAGCAGCCCGAUACUAUCGACUGGCCGAGAAGGCUGGAAACAAGACACUGGGGAACACUUGGAUCUGGAAGGAAAAGUAUGACCCUCCAGGCGAGGGCGGUAGCCGUAAGUAG